AUGGCAAUAUCACAUCUUCUUUCUCCAUUGCCAUCUCUCACCUUCUUCCAAACCAGAACCCUAACCGGACGUUCUUCUUCUCUCCCUCUAAACCCUAAUCUCCAGUUCCCAAGACCUAGACUUUCCAGAGAAAGAGCCGCCACACUCGUCCUCCGAUCCAAGGGCGACGACUCCGUCGACGCAUCCGAUCGGAUAAUCUCAGCCGUCUGUUACUUCUACCCAUUCUUCGACGGGAUUCAGUACGGUAAAUUCAUCAUCACGCAAUACCAGCCUUUCCAGAUUCUCAUCCAACCUUUGUUUCCCGCCAUCAAGGCCUUCAAGAGCUUCCCUUUCAAUGGCUUCCUCAUCUUCCUCACUCUCUACUUCGUCGUCGUGAGGAACCCUAAUUUCAGCAGGUACGUUAGGUUCAACACGAUGCAGGCGAUCGUGCUCGACGUGUUGUUGAUUUUCCCGGAUUUGCUUGAGAGAAGCUUCAAUCCCAGAGAUGGGUUUGGUUUAGAUGUGGUGAUGAGUUUGGACAGCACAGUGUUCCUCUUCUUGCUUGUCUCUUUGAUCUAUGGAUUCUCUGCUUGCUUGUUUGGUCAGAUCCCAAGGUUGCCCAUUGUAGCUGAUGCUGCUGAUAGGCAAGUCCUUUGA